AUGGACGCUCUCAAAUCACUUGUUCAGCCUCUCGUAGGCGGCGCCGCCGGGUCGUCGGUCAUUGACGGUAUGAAGCUUGUCGUCCUGGGGGGAACAGUCGAGACCGCUAGACGAGUCACAUUUCGUCAACUCCUCACCUCAGGAGUGUGCCCUCCACGAGUGCAGGCCCGUCGUAUUCAGCGUUCCUAUGGCACGGUUGUUUAUCCGAUUCCACUUUCCUUGGAAGAUGCGGUCGGAGCCGCACCGGCCUUCUUCCUUACGGCACACUUCUCGGAAGAAGACUAUCCCUACGACUGGCUAAUGCUCUGGCUCUCACGACAGCCAGAAUGGCAGCGGUCAAGGGAGUUUGAGACCACCACUCGUUCUUCUUCUGGUUUUGCUCGGACCGCUGAUAAUUCUUUUGGCGAUGAGGAAGACGAGGAUGAUGAAGAAGACGAACCUGGGAGGGUCAAGACACGAGUCGUAUUCCAGCCGACGUUUGACACGACACAUACCAUAUUUUAUAGGGGUCACUGGUUACGCAUCAGGAGAGGCAGGAAGAAUGAUGGCAGCGGAUGCGAGGUCUUGUCCAUCAGCGUUGUCGCCCGCAAUAAUUCCAUCCUAAAACAGCUAGUCCUCCAGGCUAAGCGGGAAUACGAAGCAGAAGCUGUUCAUCGCAUUCAAAUCUAUUUCGCUGAUUCCCAUGGAAGCUGGCGUUGGACGGAUUCACGGCAUAAACGUCCUAUGGGCUCUAUUGUCCUCAAUCCAGGCGUCAAGGAGAUGCUUCUUGGUGACACGCGGGAUUUUUUAAAGUCGGAGCAGUGGUACGCUGAUCGUGGCAUUCCCUUCCGCCGAGGCUAUCUUCUCCAUGGUGUCCCCGGAUCCGGAAAAUCGUCGCUUAUACACGCCAUAGCAGGCGAGCUCAUGCUGGACAUUUACGUCGUGUCCCUAUCUUCCUCGUGGAUAAGCGACAAAGAUCUGGACGCCGCCUUUACCAGAAGCGUGUCGAGGGACAAGAACUCGAGUGGUAACCCCGAAGGAAACAACAACGAGGGUGACAAUGACCAGACCAACACCACAACGCCAGCCGUCCCAUCCACCGGUCGCAGGAGGCAUCAGAGAGACCAGCUAUCCGAUGUCAACACACUGAGUUUGAGUGGCUUGUUGAACGCACUAGAUGGUGUGGCGGCGGCAGAAGGUAGGCUACUCUUUGCGACAACAAAUCACCUUGAGCGCCUCGACCCCGCUCUUUCCCGACCGGGUCGUAUGGAUGUCUGGAUCGAAUUCAAAAACGCGUCCAAAUGGCAGGCUGAGGCGCUCUUCCGGAAUUUCUUCCCCUCAGUGGAAGAGCCUGCUGCUUCCUGUGAUGGUGCCCCCCCUCCCGGGUCCACGCUGAGUGACAUGGACGAAGCUGAGCUUGAAGGGAUUAAUAUCCCGUCACCUCCGCAGACGCCUAGUUCAGGCUCGUCGACAUUGUGGUCCCUUUCGCCUUCCUUUGCGUCGUCGACAUCGUCGCUGCCUCCUUCGCCGAAGAACAAUUCCAGCGCUACAUCCAAGAGCAGCAAGGUGCUACCCCAGUUUGGCGCCAACAACCAAGCGUACCUGCCCCCGCCGGUAGAGGAGCAUAUUGCGAGCAGCCAGCACUCUGCGAAGCCGUUGGACGGCGCCAAGCUUGCUUUGUUGGCCAAGAAGUUCGCAGAUGCUAUCCCGGAGGAGGAGUUCAGUGUUGCGGCGUUGCAGGGGUAUUUGCUCAAGCACAAGAGCAACCCUGACAAGGCGGCGGAUGAGGCGGCAGAGUGGGUUGUGAGCGAGCGCGAGAUGAAGGUGAGGCUGCAGGUCGAGAAAGAGAAGCGGGAGAAGGAGGAGAAGGAGCGGAAGGAUAAGAAGAAGAAGGACAAGGAGGACGAGAAGAAGAAGCAGCUGGAACUGGAGAAGGAGGAGCUGGAGAAGUUGAAGAAGGAGUUGAAGGAGAGGGAGGAGAAGGACAAGGAGAGAGAGCAAGCUGCUGCCGCUGCCGCUGCUGAGACUGAGGUGCAGGCGCCUGUAAUGGAAGAAGCCAUUGUCAUAGAAGUGCCUACUCCUCCGCCGGAGCCGGAACCCGAAGAGCAAGAGCCUGAGCCUGAGCCCGUUGCUGCCGCUGUUGAAGAUACCAAUUCCGAUUCAGACAGCGACAAUGAAGAGGAGGACGUUCUUCCAGAACUUGUCGUUCAGACUGACGAAUUGGUCUCUGCCUGGACAUCGCCUCCGACAGGCAAUAACCGUGAAAGUGGGUCGUGGACUGGAAUGCGUGUUACCAGCUGUGAAAUCGGGUCGUUGUUCACAUGCUUGGGAUCAAAGGUUUGUUGCUCGGACUUUGCCGGACGGAUCAUUGUUCUCGACAUCGAUGUCCACGGUGCUGCGCGCAGAUCUCACGCCAGGAGUAUUGUCGCUCCGGCCGCACUCGCGUGGAUUAAUCGACUAGGCAGUGCAAUAAUACAAUCGGUCUUCGUCAUCCCCUGCGUAAUCGAUACAGACACUAUGUCGCCUCCUGGCUGGAGGCUUGAUUCACGUCGACGGGUUUCACAGGGCUCCGACGGUCGUAUUACUAUACAGAAGCACAAGACUUAUCGUCUUACUCACAUUGCCAUCAAUGUCCUCAAUCAUUUCCCCGUUGCGAAAGCAGACAUUUCAUUCCUGAUCAAUGAUCAUAACUCCACCUCUGCGGCGAUCCUGGCAAAGGACAAGACAAGUUGUACGAGGCGAGACACUGAUCGCCGGACCACCGACAAUCCCGACGCGGGAUUCGAUCGCGUCAGGUCAGGUGACGACGCGUUUACCAAACAAAAGCAAUCGUUGUCACUGCCUUCUCCAUCACAACAUUCAAAUUCUAAUUCUGACCCGAAUUUGAUCCAAAUCUGA